AUGUCCUCGGUCGCGUCUGGUGUUUGUGGUCCUCUCGUCGAAUCUUAUGACCUACCAUCACUCAAUACAUAUUGUCGUACUGCCACCGAGUCAAUUACACCAUCCAUUUGCUCUCAACAACUGCAAUUACCGCGAGCGCCCUUAUUCCUUACACGUACUGGGCCACAUCUUCAGCGAUUUUGGAUCCUUGUAGAAAUGGACCCCGCAACAGGCCAAACUCGGAAGGAUUUCACUGAGUGGUGGCUUCAAACAGAGUAUGGCACAAGAAAAGACAUCGAGACCACCAUUCAUUGGGACCACAAAAAGAGAGCUUCAGUCUGGGAUCACUUUGAGCAAGUAGCUCAUGAACGGACAGGAGAGCCUAAAGUUAUGUGUAAGCGUUGCCUUACUACACUUACUCAUCCAAAUAUUCGGCGUGGAGGAACAUCACCAAUGAACACACAUCUGAAAGGGAAUACCUGUCAUCCAAAGCAUGGGAUUGGCAAGUUACUUGCGAAGCAGUCACAAACUUCAAGAGCAACUUUAACUACUUUCUCUGAAGAAGCGCUUGCCCAGAAAGUCCUUUCUCUUAUCCUCGUCGCACGGCUCCCAUUCCGUAUCCUUGAUCGUCCAGAAUUCCAGGAAUUAGCUGAUCUAAUUGCUGUUGCUCCUCUCACGGGUCAAACUACCCUCGCCCCGGACGAUUAG